CCGAGGCGGGCUUAACAGGCUCCCCGGGAUUUUCCUUCCAGGAAGAUGCCAGGUGAGCCGGGGAGGAGGGAAGCCAGGAGCACAGUUUGGAAAACAAAGCGAAUGCAGGACACCACUUCUCCCGCGUGGUGAAGGGAAAUGUCGACGUUUACUCCGAGUCCCAGGAUGCUCUGCGCGACUUAAUAGACUGAGCGUACUAAGCGGUGAUUCCCAUUGGCCCACGAGCUCACAAGGCGGCCCAAGAAAAAGAACCCGGAUGUAAGCGCCGGUUAAAGGAGGGGCGAUUUUGUGGUGCCGUGGCCACGCGCAGCAGGAAAAUAGUUUCUCCACACGAGUUUCAGAAGUGACUUGCAGUGGAUCCUCUUCUGUGCAGACCUGCCCUCCCUCAUCCAAGAAGGCCCUCAGUGUGGGCUGGUGGCCCUGUGGAUGGCAGGCACUGUCUUGGUACCGCCCAGCGGCAUUCCCUUGGAGAGACUCCUGCAGAUGGCCGUGGAGAGAGGCUACACGGCCCAGGGAGAGAUGUUCUCUGUGGCCAACAUGGGCAGGCUGGCUGAGGAGGCACUGGGCUGCCAAGUUGAGCUUCUCCGUGGGGGCCUGGGUGGUCCCAACAGAGGCCGUGUGCUGCAGCACCUUGUCUCUGGACAUCCCUUGCUCAUCCCCUACGAUGAAGACUUCAACCAUGAACCAUGUCGGAGGAAGGGCUACAAGGCCCACUGGGCAGUGAGCACAGGGGUCCUAUUGGGUGUUCAGGGUGUGCCAAGCCCCGGCUAUGCUGAAGACCCUGAGCUGCCAGGCCUGUUUCACCCAGUGCCCAGCGUGCCCCACCAACUACCAUCCCUGCCAGAGGAAGGCUCGCUGGGAGCAGUCUACCUUCUUUCCAAGCAGGGCAAGAGUUGGCACUACCAGCUGUGGGACUAUGACCAAGUCCAGGAUAGCAACCUACAGCUGACGGACUUCUCACCCUCUCGGGCCGCUGAUGGCCGGGUGUAUGUGGUUCCUGCUGGUGGGGUACGAGCUGGCCUCUGUGGCCAGGCCCUGCUCCUCAGACCAUAGGACUCCAGCCCCUAGCCUGCUGCUGCCCUAAACUGGGGGUGAUAGGGCCCAGACCCCAGCUUUUCCCUUUGUGUAACCACCCCAGGGUUUGGGCAGCAUCUCUUCAGGACCUUCAGCCAGAGGUCCUUUUUUCAGGUCCCUCCCCCCCAUUCCAUUCUUAAGCCUGGGCAUCCUCCCAGCUCCUCCAUCCCCAAGCCCAUCCCCUCAGUAUUGAGCACCUACUGUGUGGGCUGGGGUUAGAGCCAGAAGCAGGACAGACAAGUUCCCUCUUCCAGGGGAGAGACUGACAACAGCUCAGAACCUGUGUCCUGUCCACCCCACCUGAUUGUUGCAUCCAUUCGUUUCACAUUGGUGGUCACCCUCUUUUGAACCAUCGACAUCUCUCUGGACAGCUGCAAGAGCUUCACUGGGCUCCCUGCUGCCACCCAGAAUCUUCACGUGGGGUCAGGGCUGAGGGAGCCCCCCAAAAGCAAACUAGUUCUCCUCCAGAGAAACUUCUAGCAGCUUCUUGUUCCUCACAGAAUAGGAAUUAAACUCCCAGCCCCAGCCCCAGCUCACCUCUCCUUAUCCCAGGCUGUUCUUCCUCACACUUCCUGCCACCAGCCACACUGACCUCUCAGGUCCCUGGUGCAACCCCACUGCAGCCCUCUACCGGAACUCAACUUUCCAGUGUGGGAGAGGAAGAUACUUUCCCCUCAAGGUUCCUUCAUCUCUUCUAAUGAGGUUACAUGAGACAGGUUAACAGAAAGUAACCAAAUUUAAUACAUACACAUGGCAAUCCCACAUACAUGAGAUAUACCAAGUGUGAACAAAAGGGGCCACAUGCUAACCUGACAAACUCUAGGAAGGCCUGCAUGGCGGUCUUGCAAACUCAGAGACCUAAAGUAACCACAAGGAUGGCCUGAAAUUAAACUUUAACUAAGAGCAAUUAUGGUGGGUAGCUAUGUCCUAGGCAGGUAUCUUCACUGACAAGGUCAACUUUUACUUUAACAGCCUAUCUGUCUUUUUGCAUCUAUGAUAACAUAUCCUUGAAAUGUCAGGGUAACUUGUAACUUCCCUUUUUUCUGGACCCCUCAGGCCACAAUCAA